GCCUGCCGGCGCAGAACCACAUCGCGUCGUACUCGUCGCCGACCCGCAGCUCAUCGACCCUCACUCGUAUCCCGGGCGCCCGUGGCCGGUCAACCCAUUGAUCUACCGCAUCACCGACAACUAUCUGCGGCGGUCCUACAACCAGCUGCAAUGGCAGCUCGUGCCUGACAGCGUGUUCUUCCUCGGCGACUUGUUUGACGGGGGCCGCGAGUGGAAGACGUUGCACGGCGACUUUAGGGACCCCGAAUGGGGACCCCAUCCGGACCACGAGAAAAAGUACCUCAAGAAGUGGAACAGGAAGUACGGCGAAAACUUCUGGCUGAGGGAAUACCGGCGGUUCGGCGACAUCUUUUUCGACCCGUGGAUAGCGGCCGGAGCAGCACCCGACGCGGCGCAGAAGCGGCGGAAGCUUGUUGCUAGCUUGCCGGGGAACCACGACCUGGGCUUCGGGUCCGAGAUCAAGAUGGGCGUGAGGAACCGAUUCGAGACGUACUUUGGCGAGGGCAACCGCGUCGACGUGGUGGGGAACCACACAUUUGUGUCGGUCGACACGGUCUCGAUGAGCGCCGCCGCCUCGAAAGAUACGGGCCGCCACGACCUGAAGCCCAUAUACAGGCCGACGGAGCAUUUCCUCAACGACGUAAAACGGACCAAGCAAAAGGCCGUGGAGAAGGAGCUGCGCUUCCUUCGCGGAGAGGUCCCCGAGGUGCAGUUUCACCAUAAAAUCGAGGAACUGGAAAAGGCCGACUUCGGUGACCAGCCCACCCUCGGCGAAGGCGCGCCCGACCUGCCCACCAUACUCCUCACUCAUGUCCCGCUCUGGCGCCCCGAGGGGACCCCUUGCGGGCCGCUGCGAGAGCACUGGCCCCCCACGAAGCCUCCCAAGGGGCAGACAGAGCCGGUUGUGCCCGAUAGCCGCAACGCCAUCUCGAUUUCAAGGGGCUAUCAAUAUCAAAAUGUGCUGGGCGAGAAAGACUCGGUUAGCCUCGUUGGCAAGGUCGGGAACGUUGUACAUGCCUUCUCCGGCGACGACCACGAUCACUGCUACGUUGUCCACGGUGCGAACCAGGGCGGCGUGCCCGAAAUCACUGUCAAGAGCAUCAGCAUGGCCAUGGGUGUGUCGACGCCCGGCUUCCUCAUGUUGAGCCUGUACAACCCCAUCGAUGCCGACGGCAAGCCCUUGACGGGAGCGGGCAAGCCGACCCUGCAAACCCACCUCUGUUUGCUUCCCCGCCAGCCGUCAACGUACGUGCGGUAUACCACUUUCGCCUUCGUGUGCAUUGCUCUCCUUACGAUACGCGCCUUUUUGGUGCCGGUGCUCAAGCUUUCCCGCUUCGCUCUAGACCCAGAACCAACCAGAAACUCGAGCAUCUUGCCCGUCUUCAAGGCCAAGGUGGAGGACUACGACGAGUACGCCCUGCCGUCAGCGGGCUUCUCGGCCUCGCACUUUCUCUACGGCUCCGGCACGCGCGACCGGAGCGGCUCCGUGACGACGGGCGGCUCGAGGCCGGGCAACACGAUGACGCAGAAUCGCAACGUGGCGAGCCCCAAGUCGAGCAAAAAGAGCCACCACUCGCACAGCAAGGGCGCCAGCGGCAGCAAAUGGGGCUGGAGCGGCCAGUCAAGAGGGCCGCCCCGGAUCGAGAUUCGCAGCGAGAACGAGGACAUCUACGACGGCGGCAAGUGGAAGGCGGCCAUCGCGAGGCCCAGGUCGACGGUCAACGUCGUCGCAACCGAGCUGUGGACGAGCGUCUUCAGGGUUGUGUGGAUGGCCGUCUUGUUCUUUGGCUGGCUCACCUGGAAGGGAUGAGCUCUGGAGUCUGGUCGAUGGCUGGACUUGUUUCUAUUUCUCUUCAUCUCUCUCUCUCUCUCUCUCUCUCUCUCUCUCUCACUCACUCACUCUC